UUAAACUCAGGUCCUUGAGCUUGCGAGGUAGGUGGUGGAACCACUGAACUAAAUCCCCAGCCUCAAACCCUAUCUUAUGAAGACUCCAGCACAGAGCUGCUUUGCCAGCCCAGGUUUUAAAAUGGAAAAUUUCGAUGCGUCGCUCAGUACCUAUUUCAGGGCAUGGCUGGGCCCCCGAGAUACCAGAGUAAAAGGAUGGUUUCUCCUAGACAAUUAUAUACCUACAUUGGUCUGCUCUGUCAUUUAUUUACUAAUUGUAUGGCUGGGACCAAAAUACAUGAAGAAUAAACAGCCACUCUCUUGCCGAGGAAUUUUAUUGGUGUAUAACCUCGGGCUCACCUUGUUGUCUCUCUAUAUGUUCGUCGAGUUAGUGACAGGAGUAUGGGAAGGAAGAUACAACUUCUUCUGCCAGGGCACACGCAGCGCUGGAGAAUCCGAUAUGAAGAUUAUCCGUGUCCUCUGGUGGUACUACUUCUCCAAACUCAUAGAAUUCAUGGACACCUUCUUCUUCAUCAUACGUAAGAACAGCUACCAGAUCACAGUCCUGCACGUCUACCACCACGCCUCCAUGUUCAAUAUCUGGUGGUUUGUGAUGAACUGGGUUCCUUGUGGCCACUCUUAUUUUGGUGCCACGCUUAACAGCUUCAUCCACGUCCUCAUGUACUCGUACUACGGCCUGUCGUCUAUCCCUUCCAUGCGUCCAUACCUCUGGUGGAAGAAGUACAUCACUCAGGGGCAGCUGAUCCAGUUUGUGCUGACAAUCAUCCAGACCACCUGCGGGGUCAUCUGGCCUUGCACGUUCCCACUGGGGUGGCUGUAUUUCCAGAUUGGAUACAUGAUUUCCCUCAUCAUUCUCUUCACAAACUUCUACAAUGAGACUUACAACAAGAAGGGGUCCUCCCGGUGGAAAGACCACCCAAGGGGCCACCAGAACGGCUCUGUGGCCACUGUGAACGGGCACAGCAGCAGCUUCUCCUCCCUGGAAAACAAUGUGAAGCCAAGGAAGCAGCGGAAGGACUGAGCGGCGGGGCCGAACCCUCCACGCGCCUGUGAUUGUAAGCACAACGCGUUGUGCUCGACACUCCUUAGCAGCUGCUGUAGUAGUCCGGCCUACAAUAGUGUGAUUCGUGUAGGGCCUCCUCCAUCCGUUCACACCCGAAUGCGUACACCAGUUACCCACGUAGGCUAAAAGAUUUCUCACAUUUCUGGGCUGUCAUUGACCCCCCGCACUAGACUAUGGAAAGGGAGUAUUAUUGUAGUAUAUGACACUGCUGUUGCCUUAUUAGUUAUAACAUGAUAGGUGCUGAAUUGUGAUUCACAAUUUAAAAACACUGUAAUCCAAAAUUUUUUUUAACUGUAGACCAUGCAUGUGAUUGUAAAUGUAAAUUUGUACAAUGUUGUUACAGUAGAGAAACACUCAUGCCUUAAAAUUUAAAAAGCAGGGCCCAAAGCUUAUUAGUUUAAAUUAGGAUAUGUUUCAAGUUUGUAUUCAUUUGUAAUAGCUCUGUUUAGAAAAAUCAAAUAUUGAGAUUUAUGAAAUUAGCGUGUGACACAUAAUUUCAAGUGACUUACAGAUGUGAAAUCAGAAACGGCACCUUCAGUUUUAUAAUACUGGCUUUCAAUCAAGCAGGCUCAAAUCUAGUGGAGCAGUCAGUUUAACUUUUUAACAGAUCUUAUUUUUUUAUUUUGAGUGCCAUGAUUAAUAAUGUAAAAGGGGGGACUCCAAAACAGGCUUGAUGAAACUUAAAUAUAUAUUCUUUGUCCUCGAGAUUUUAGGAAGAGUGUAGGUAAGUAGGCCAUUUUUGAUUUCCGAAGUGUUAAGUGUUUUUAUACAAGAAACAAGUCCAUUUUGCUUUCCACCAGUGUGAAAGAGAAUGUCAUUUUAAACAGAGAUGAUUGCAUAUUUCCCAUUUGACAGGAGUCCUAUGUCCUAGCCAUGGAGAGCCACCUGCUAAGGCCCUGCAUCUGAAUUGGUUCCUGUAAUGCUAUCUGUUUUGACACAAACUUCCUUCUAAAUGUGCCUAGUUUACUAAAGCUAGUAAAGGCGGGGGAAGAACCCUAAAAAUUUAAGAUAAAAUUAAACAGAUGGCAACAGCAUAAGAGAACUUGGAAAUUGGAUAGCAAUAGGUAACUUGUUUAAUGGAAAUCUAAUAGCACCUGUGAUUUUUUUUUUUUUUGCUUAGAACCUAAAGAUUUGUUUAAAACCACUUGUUAAAAAAUAAUAGACUACUUAUUAUAAAAUCAUGUCUCACACCCUCAAAGUGAGUGGUCAAAUAAGGACUAUUAUGUGUGUCAUUUUAUUCAAGUGUUGAAAUUUAGCCUCUUAAAACCUUCUCCAUUGGGAAACAGAAUUCAUUGAACCACUCAUGACAUCUUAGAAGGUCAUCGACAAUGUAUAAACUAAUUGUGGGUUUGAUAUUUAUGUAAAUAUCUGUUUACCAUGCUUUAAUUUUGCACAUUCAUAUUAAAGAGAGCCUGUCGGUUCUCUACUGUUUGGAAGGAGUCACAGCGUCUGUUUACAUGGACCUUAUAACUCUAGACUGUGUGUAAUGUGUGUCUCUCCAUCCCUAGGUACUAGUUCGCAGAUGUCUUUACCUAUUCCAUGCAGAAGCGAUAACAUUCAGUAGUGUGCCAUCAGAGUGUGCUUAGCUCAUGUGGAUAUACCUACACUGUUAAAUGAUGUCUAAAUAUUAAUCAUUAAAACAUUUUUGAUUACCGGUG